AUGUCUGCGGAUCCGCAUGCUGUGCUGGGCACUUCUCCAGGCUGUACUUUCAGUCAACUAAGUGACGCCUAUCGCCGUUCAGCAGCAACUGCCGAGGAGGCACCUCCGAGUGCAGGUGCCGCAGCCGUUCGCCGAAGCGCGGCGGCUUUUGAGGCAUUGAGCUGGGAGCUGCCAGGAAGAGGCUUGGCCUCGAGCUCUGAAGCGCCGCAUCCAGCAGCGCUUCAGCACCUCCUGCCGGCCUGCACGCACCAAUGCCUUGAAUUACGCUCUCUUCCGAGCAGGAGACAGCCAUCACGGCUGCACUCUGCAUUGAGACGCCUCCGCGCUGCUUUGCAGCGGCUGCCACCCAAGCCCCGUGAAGAGGGUAUUCGGGCACUGAGCCCGGAGGUGCGCUGGCAGCUGCUGAAGUUCAUGGAGGCCUCGGCGACUUCGGCUUCUCCGAAUAUUGGGCCGAAGCCGACCAAGCGCACCAAGUCAUCAGAGCCCAAGACCUGUGGCUUGCAGCAAAAUCGGCAAGGGCUCUUCCGAGCCAAAAUCAGCUUUGAGCAUAUCCGGCUGUAUAGUUCUUAUACGUUGCCGCGGGCAGCAGUUGAAUACCACAUACUGCUGGUGAGGCUGCGGCAGCUAGUGCUGCUGAACACAAGACAAGCCGAGGGACGCGAGGGACAGGGAGUCACCGAGCUUUGCGAGGCCUUUGCCACUGCUUUUGCAGAGUUAGAGCGGGAGCCGGUCGUCAACAUGCGACCUCGUGACUCUGGAUUCCGAUCCGGAGAGCAGGGCUUGAACUGCUUCUUACAGAAGUAUGGAAUCCGAAGCUAUCUCAGCAUUCACGUGGCCCGCUGGUUAGGAUCAACGCAUGUGUCGUCACCAGUUCUGCCCCUGGGGGAAGUUCUCACGCUCCGGCAGCAAUUACUUCUGGCCCGCAGCAAAGGCUUGGAGCCUUUUCGUGAUGCUUGGCUUAACAUGCUGCAGAGACUGGGACGCACUGGCUCUGGAAGCUCUGGGCACAGCCACUCCACAGAUGCCUUUCAAGAUCAAGUGGUGCAGUUAAAUGCGUAUGUCUGCAAGAAGCGACGACGUGCAACCGAAGCACUGCACGAAGCGAUGGCCCGACAGAGGUUAACUGGAGGGCGAAAGCCUGCUGUCUCCAAAAAGAGACAGGACGCUGUCGCAAGUCUGAGAGCUGCCUCAUGUGCGACAGAGCGAGCAUUAGCAGCCUGCAGUGCCAAGCGACGCUCGGGCAGCCGCAAUGUCCGUGAGGCAUGA